AUGCACGAUUUGAGGAAAAAUCAUAAAUUUCAAAUAGGGGCAGUAGCAGAGCCGAGAGUUAGUGGGUUCCGAGCUGAUAAAAUUAUUGAAAAACUGAAAUUUGAGUCUAGCUUUAGAGUUGAGGCUCAAGGGAUGUCGGGUGGAUUAUGGUUGAUGUGGAAUAAUUCGAAUGUUAAUGUUAAGAUAUUGAAUUCUUCUCGGCAUUUUAUACAUGGAAGUGUUGAUAAAGGGAGCAGUGAGGCUUGGUUAUUUACAGUAGUUUAUGCUAAUCCCAAUGCUAUUUUAAAAAAACAGUGCUUUGAAGAAGUUGCUAAUUUGGCUAGAAAUGUCAGAUUACCAUGGAUGGUUAUUGGGGAUUUUAAUGAGAUCCUGAUGGCUACGGAAAAAUCCGGGGGAGUUGGAGUAGAUAAUCGUAGAAUUCAUCGUUUUGCUAAAUGGGUUCAAGAAUGUAAAUUGAUAGAUUUAGGCAGCAAAGGUCCGAAAUACACAUGGAGAGGGGGUAUUAGAAAUGGUUAUAUGCGGGUUCAGGAAAGAUUGGAUAGGUGUUUUGGUAAUGCUCAGUGGAGGCAGCUGUUCCAAGAUGCUAAUGUGUUAGUUCUUCCAAGGGUUAGGUCAGAUCACCACCUUAUCUUGGUAGAGCUCAAGGAGCAGAGAGUUACAGUUCAAGGAGAAGGAAGACCGUUUCGGUUUGAAGCAGCCUGGCUACAACAUAGGGAGUUUGCAGAAUUCUUGAAAAAUCAAUGGGAGACGGAUGCAGAGGUGCCAACAGCCUUAGAAGGUUUGACGGUGCAGUUGAAGAUAUGGAAUAAAUGGGUGUAUGGCAACAUUUUCCAGAAGAAAAGAAAGGUUUUGGCGAGAUUAGGCGAAAUUCAGAAAGCAAUAGCGGUUAGAGGAAAUCCGCAUCUGUACCAAUUGGAGGAUGACCUAUCGGCUGAAUAUAAUCAAAUUCUUAGACAGGAGGAGAUUCACUGGUUCCAGAAGUCAAGAUGUAAUUGGAUCUCUUUUGGAGAUAGGAACACUUCCUAUUUCCACACGAAGACCAUCAUUAGAAGGCAAAGGAAUAAAAUAAAAGCUUUGAAGAAUGAGCUGCAGGUUUGGGUUUGGGAGGAAAAUAAGUUAAAGGAUAUGGCUAGGGAGUUUUAUCAAAAAUUAUUUUGGCAAGAUCAGGAGGAGACUCGGGAAGAUAUUCGGUUGGAGGGUAAUUUUCCAAUUAUUGAUCAAAACCAUAUAAAUCAGCUAGAAGCCCCAAUUCUAGACGAUGAAAUUAAGGCGGCUAUAUUUGGGAUGAAGCCUUAUAAAGCCCCGGGACCGGAUGGGUAUCAGCCAAUAUUUUAUCAGUCUCAGUGGCAUGUGAUUGGCCAAUCUUUUUGCAGGUAUGUUAGAGACAUUUUUACAAGCAAUAAGGACAUGUCGAGAAUAAAUCACUCAUAUUUAGUCUUGAUUCCAAAAGUCCAGAUGCCUGAGUACCUACAUCAGUUUAGACCAAUUGGUCUUUGUAAUGUGAUUUUAAAGGCAUUGUCAAAAGUAAUAGUGGGGAGACUACAAGCUUUGAUGCCAAAUCUCAUCAGUGAAGUGCAGAGCAACUUUGUGCCGGGAAGACAAAUUACAGACAAUAUUAUCGUUGCCCAGGAAGUCAUUCAUUCCAUGCGCAAGAUGAAAGGUAAAAAAGGCUUUAUGACGAUUAAAGUGGAUCUUGAAAAAGCUUAUGAUAUAUUAAGCUGGAAGUUUAUCAGAGAAACUCUCAUUGAUGCUAGACUUCCUAGUGAUCUAAUAAGAGUCAUCAUGCAGAGUAUAGAAACACAAACACUUAGUGUGCUGUGGAAUGGAAGUGCAACUCAGAAAUUCAGUCCUAACAGAGACGACAUGUUGUUGUUUACAGAGGCAAGUAUGGAUCAGCUGGAGAGAGUUACUAAAUGUCUUGAUACUUUUUGUGCAGCGUCGGGGCAGAAGGAGAAUCAUCUUUGGGUAAAAGUUCUAAAGGACAAGUAUAUGAGCACUAGGAGAAGGGAAGGUAAUCCGGUGGCAAUACCGUCUGACUCAGUGUUGUGGAAGGCCAUUUGUAAAGAAUGGGACACGGUGAACCAGAAUGCAACCUGGAAUGUAGGGAAUGGCAAACGGAUUUUAUUUUGGAGAGACAGUUGGUUGGAGAGUUAUGGGCCUAUCAUUAAUCAUUUAGAGAGGGAGGUGCAGGUAGAGACUCUUGAUUAUACGGUGGCUGAUAUGGUGGACGAUAGGGGCAAUUGGAAAUGGGAUGUGUUUGCCCAUCUAAUUCCUAUACAAAUUGUGAUGAGCAUUGUUGGAUACACUCCACCAAUGCAAGAUGGAAUAGACGACACGGUGGGUUGGGAUCAUUCUUCAAAUGGAAAGCUUACAGUCCGAACUGCUUAUAUGGUUUUAGAGGAAAGGGGGGAGAUGGAUCAAGACCCUAUUUGGAGGUUGAUUAGAAAGUGGCAAGGCAUGGAGCGUAUCAAAGUGUUUCUUUGGACGGUAGCCCAUAAUUCUAUUAUGACCAAUGACCUGAGAUAUCGGAGACAUUUAACAGCUAAUAGAUUUUGUGAUCAUUGUGGUACUGAAGUGGAAACAUUAACCCAUGCGUUGCGCGAUUGCCCUAAAGCUCGCAAAAUUUGGGAGGUGUUCGUAAAGGUAGAGAAUAGAGAGUUAUUCUUCAGUCAAAAUUGGUAUGCAUGGCUGGUAUCAAAUAUGUCCGCCAGAAAUAGAAAUACGGAUCAUGGGGCUUGGUCGUUGGAAUUCGGAAUAGCUCUAUGGUAUAUUUGGAAAGAAAGGUGCAAUAGAGUUUUUGGAGUAGAUCAGGGUAAUUGGUUUAGGGCUAUUCUUGCUAUAAAAAGAAUGGUCCGGGAUACUGAGUUUACUCAAAGGCAUGGUAAUGAUGAGGGAAGAAGCAGUAAGGAAGAUACUCAGGUUGGGUGGAAAUACCCACAAGAAGAGCGGAUCAAGCUAAACGUGGAUGGAUGCAGCAAAGGAAAUCCAGGAGUGGCAGGUGCUGGAGGAGUGAUUAGAGACCAUUUGGGAGUGUGGAUAGGGGGAUUUGCAAGGAAUAUUGGUAUUUGUUCGUCAGUUAAUGCAGAGUUAUGGGCGGUCUAUGUUGGGCUUCAACUUGCAUGGGAUAGAGGGUUUAGGAAGGUGGAUUUGGAAUCCGAUUCCAAAGUUGUAGUGGGUCUCAUUAAUGGGGAUAGUGUGAGAGUGGACAUGAAUUAUAAUAUAAUUAUGCAUAUUAUAGGUAUGUUAGGGAGGGAUUGGGAAGUAACAACUUAUCAUGUGUAUAGGGAGGCCAAUUGUGUGGCCGAUUGGUUGGCAAAUUAUGGGCUAACUAGGGAUUUAUUAGACAGGGGAUCAGAUGUGUUAGAAGAACCACCGUCGGGGCUUUAUCCCUUAUUGUAUUAUGACCUGAUUGGGUCUACUGUUACUCGUUCAAUUUAG